AUGUACUUCUUCCUCAGUCAACUGGCCUUCAUGGACAUCUGUCAGACCCUGAUUGAAGUCCCCAAAAUGUCAGCAGGCUUCCUGACCCCAGGAAACCCCAUUUCUCCAGCUGGCUGUGGGGCUCAGAUUUUCCUCUCACUGAUGAUGGGUGGAGCAGCAGCUCUCCUUCUGGCAGUCAUGGCUUAUGAUAGGUAUGUAGCUAUUUGCAAACCCUUGCAAUACCCCGUCCUGCUGAGCAGGAGAGUCUGCCUGGGGCUGGCAGCUGGGGUCUGGAUUGGGGCAGCUGCAGAUGCCUUGAACCAUUCAGUUCACACCGUGCACCUGCCCUACUGUGGUUCCAAAUAUAUCGACCAAUUCGCUUGUAAAAUCCAAUCCCUGCUGAAACUGUCCUGCUCUGACACCUCCCAGUACGAGACUCUGCUGUAUGUGACUAGCAGUGUGCUGCUCCUCAUCCCUUCUUCCAUCAUACUAGCGUCCUACACUCACAUCCUCUCUACCGUACUGAGGAUGAAGUCAACCAAAGGACAGCAGAAAGCUCUGGCCACUUGCUCCUCGCACCUGACUGUGGUGGGCAUGUCUAAUGGGGCUGCCAUCGUCAUGUACAUGAGACCCAACGCCUCUCGCUCACCUGAACAAGACAAGAUGUCCUCUGUAUUUUGUACCAUUGUCACCCCAGUGCUGAAUCCACUCAUCUACAGCCUGAGGAACAGGGAUGUCUUGGGAGCCCUAAGACAGCUGGUUGGGAAAUGA